GGAUACGUGACGCACCAAUAGCACGUCCAGCUGUCUGUUGAUUGUAUCAUUAUUGCAUCGUCGUUGGAAACAGCCAUCGUCUUGCAGAUUCAAGAGUGCAAACAUGACUGCAGGUUCAGUGGCAGCACCACUAAUUAUCCCUAUUCGCAUUCCACCUCCUGGGAAAGCCAAGCAUGAGAUAGACUCCUGCACACCAGUUGAGAUCAAAUCAGAGUCCUCUGAUGUAAGUAUACUGUACACACUGAAUGGCAGUAAACCAGAGAUGCUGAAGAGACCAGGCUUUGGAGACAGCAGUACUCUGAAAUACACUGAGCCUAUUCGGUUACCUGUGGGAAAGGUGUCUGUGAGAGCCAUGGCUAUCACCAGUGAUGGACGACAGAGUGCAGUUGUUACCAAGGUUUUUAUAGUGGAGCCUGCUCCAUCAAAUGAGCAAGAUCUGACAAAGAACAUUGAUGACGACACUUUAACAAAUGGCAAACAUUCUGAUUCUUAUGAUGUCAUUGCACCAUUUAUGAAUUUGAAGGGGAGUGAAAAUGGAGCUGGUGAUUCCUCUGUUAAGUAUUUAGAUAUUCCCAGCAGUGAAUCUCUGAAAGGCCCUCGAUUCCUCUCACAGCGUCUGGGCCCAAGAUCACCCACACGCCAGUCAAUGCAAAUCACACAAAGCCAGAACGUAGAUGUUGUGAAGAGCCCCUUCAAAAACCUGACGAGCACUCAUAUGUCUCGGAUCCAGAAAGAAACAGAUUUCCUUAGAUGUUCAAAGUGCCUCAGUCAUCGCCCCUCAGACCCUUUUGCCAGAUUCUGUCUGCACUGUGGAGCGCCAGUGCCCCCAAUACCUGGACAAAGACUGCCCCCUACUGAAGGAGGACAGAUGGGCCUUUGUGUGCAUUGUAAAACCAUGGUGCCUCUUAACACAGCCAUGUGUGUAGUGUGUGAGUCUCCAUUGGCCCAACAACUUCAGCCACAGGCCAGCCUGAGACUGCAAGAUAAACUCAUUUGCCAGUCAUGUGGGACAGGAAACCCCUCUAACAUUACUCACUGUGUCACUUGUGAAUCCAGACUGCUUCAACAAUCCACUCCUGUAUUGAGUGGACAGCGAGCUGCACCUCUAUCCAGCUCAGAGGGCAAAAUGGUCUCGUGCUCAAAGUGCAAUCGAGUCAACCAGUCAGAUGCUCGAUUCUGUGACUGGUGUGGGGCAAAGCCUGGCCACAAAAGCAGCACUGUGAAGUGCUCUCAGUGUGGAGCGAGCAGCCACCCAUAUGCUAAUUACUGUGGGGGCUGUGGUGUCUUUCUGGAUGGUCCACCCAGGACACCCUCACAAACCAGCCCAGGACAGGAAAAAGAGGAAAUAGAACAGAAGUCAGCCACCUGGCAGGCUGUGCCAGCACAUGAAUCAUCAACUGUACCUCCAGCUGCAGGUUUGCCUAUGUGUGCAGAUGCACAGACGCAGACAGUGGGUCUGUUUUUCCCCUCAAGCACUGAGUUAAAAAAGCGAAGCCAGCAGAGGGAGGCGGAGCUUAGCAGACAGGAGCAGAUGAGUGACAGGAAGCCUCUUCUCACUGCCAUUAGCCCAGGCCGAGGGUUCUGGAGGAAGCAGCUGGAUCAUAUUUGUGCUCAUCUGCGCAGUUACACUCAGAAUAACCCUGAAUUCAGAGCUCUGAUUGGAGAACCUCGUCUGGGAAGAAUGAUCUCUGCUGUUAUUCAGGAGGACAGUUAUGAAGUCAGUCUCCGCAUCAAUUUCAUCGCUGCUUCAUCUGAGGCGUCUAUGUCCUCUUCUAAAGGACUGCAGAGCACAUCUGUGGCAUCAGAGAAUCAGAACCUCAGUGCUGUGACAGAGGGAAGAAAUGCAGCCAGCCAAGAGAGUAAGAGUGGCACAGUAGGAUCCUCAGAAAACAGAAAGACACACAAAAAGUGCUGGACACCGGACACCGAAAACAAGCCUGAGUCUAAAGACAGUCUACUUUUUAAGGAGUUGGGGCCUGAGGGGCGGGGCCGAAUUAAAGUGGUGCAGCAGCUAUUGGACGAGGGGGCUGACCCAGCAUGUUUGGGCAGUGAUGGGCGUCCAAUUAUGGUCGCUGCAGUGCUAAAUGGCCAUCAUGAUGUUAUUCCUGUGCUGGUGCAAAGAGAAGCCAACGUUAACCAGGCAUCUGGACCGUUGUAUAACACUGCACUGCAUGAAGCUGCAACUCUGGGAGAUGCAGGCCUUAAGUGUGUUGAGAUAUUGCUGGGGUGUAACGCAAGUAUCAGAAAGCAGAAUAAUAGCGGCCAGACUGCUUAUGAUAUUGCCGUGGCCACAGGGAGCAACUCUGUGGUCUCUCUGAUGGCAGCUCACAUGGGGCAGGGUCUCCUUCAGCGCCACACCAAGGCCAGGAUCUCCUCAGGACUGGAUACGUUCUCAUGAGACCAACAUCCAGAUCAAACAUUUAUCAAUGACCACAUAGCGUGUUGUUAUUUCCGUUCAUUCCAUGAUCAUUGAUGUAUGAUUCAAUAAUACUUUUUAAUAAGAGUGUGAUUUCCUGCUGAUCAUUGUUAAAGGAAUAGU